AUGUUGUAUUGUGUGUGUGUAUAUGCACACGUACUGAAACAUGGACUUCAUUGUCCAGAGUCUCUGUUUAACAGGACAGCAGGUUUGGAAGCGAGCGCCGCUCUUCUGGGAGUCCAUGUCAAAGGUUAAUGAGCUGCUGCUGGGAGACUGGCCCCGUGAACUCAUCUGUCACAGCCAGCGCUCAGGGAAAUGAGCUGGUUAAUGAAAUGAGGAGACGGAGAGGAUGUGACAAGUGAUCAACAUUUAACAGUUGGCCGGCUGGGGAAAUGAGAAUGCUGCUGCCAAUGGUUUGGAUCGUGUUCGGAAAUAACAAGCUAAUCACUUUGACUUCCACAUAAGCUUUUUAAACUGGUGAAGUAUCUGUCUUUAACAAUUCUCACUUUAUUCAUCUGUUCAACAAAAUUGCAGACUAAUAUCACCCCAAACAUUAUUCCAAACAUGUAAACAAGUUUGAUGGAUCCACCAAACAGGCGUGCACGCCGCACUUCGACCCUUUUUAUGUUGGUCUGGGUGUUAUAAAGACAAUCGAUUGAGGUGGCACUUUUCAAAUAGCAACAUGGAGUCCAGCAGAACACUUCAAGCAAGUCUAACUGUGUUAAUCCUUGUAACCAGCAGCUACGGAGGACGCCUACAACCAGAGCCCAAUCUGAGAUUGAACCAGGCUCUGUUAACGUUCCAUAACCAGCUGACCGAAGAAGUGCAGGUCUCCUACACGUCAGAUUACUGCUACAAGUGCUUGUUCCUGCAUCUGGUCACGGUGACACACAGCAACAAUGCAUCUGCUGUGCUCAGCACAAAAUUCGCCCUGACUCUGGAGGUGAAAUCACACACCACGAAUGCAACUCUUUGCAGGUGGAGUCAGACAUAUGGAGAAGGUGGUCAUUACUCGGUUUGGAUCCAGAUGUCCGAGACCGCCAAUAACUCCAGCUGCACUUUCACUGUGGAUAAGAAACCAAACAAUGUUUACAUGCCUCUUCUGGUGGCAGCUCUCUUAUUGGUCGUACUCGCUGUCCUAUUCAUUGCGAGACCCUACAUCCACAGGAGGUGCUGUGCAUCCAAAUGUAUCAGGACCGUUUGCUGCCAAGGCCCGCAGCAUUCAGACGAUAAUGAACUCGUAGAGGCUUGUGAGGCUCAGCAGAAUACCACUAAAGCUAAACCAGCACGUCUGCUCUCACUGGACACUUUCCGAGGGUUUUCCCUGAUUGUGAUGGUGUUUGUGAACUACGGAGGAGGAGGCUACUGGUUCUUUCAGCAUGAACCUUGGAAUGGUCUAACUGUGGCCAGUCUCGUCAUGCCAUGGUUUGUGUUUGUUAUUGGGACUUCGGUGGUGUUAGCUUUCACGUCCAUGCAGAGGAAAGGAGUCAGCCGCCUGCAGCUGCUGCGCAAAAUCACCUGGAGGACAGUGGUCCUCAUGAUGCUUGGCUUCUGCUUCCUGAACUACUCUCCCAUAGACGGAUCACUGUCCUGGUCCUGGCUGAGGGUCCCUGGAGUGCUGCAGCGUCUGGGCUUCACCUACUUUGUUCUGUCUCUCCUGCAGACUUUCUGGGGCCAGAAAGAAAUCCCACUGAGAACGUAUCACUGGUGGAACCCCGUCCAGGACGUGGUCCUUUACUGGCCACAGUGGCUGAUUAUCAUCCUGCUUGAGGCUCUGUCGCUCUGUAUCACGUUUCUCAUGCCCGUACCCGGCUGCCCCACAGGGUAUUUGGGAGCCGGUGGAAUCGGUGAUUACGGUCUCUACCCAAACUGCACUGGGGGCGCGGCGGGGUACAUUGACAGGCGGAUGUUUGGUCACAACCUAUACAGAUACCCCACAUGCAAACAAAUAUAUCUCACCACGCAGCCCUUUGACCCGGAGGGGGUUCUGGGUACAAUCAACUCCGUUGUCAUGGGAUUCCUGGGGAUGCAGGCCGGGAAAAUCAUCAUUUUCUACAAGGGGAAGAACAUCGUCAUUCUCUGUCGAUUCCUGGCGUGGGCCCUCAUCCUGGGAAUCUCUACAGCCAUCCUUUCUAAGUGCACACGAGACGAAGGAUUUAUACCUGUCAAUAAAAACCUUUGGUCGUUGUCCUUUGUGUUGUGUGCAGGCUGCUCCUCCUUCCUGCUGCUGGGGGCCAUGUACUUUGUCAUCGAUGUUAAGGGCUGGUGGGGCGGACAGCCGUUCAUAUACCCAGGGAUGAACUCCAUCUUUGUCUACGUCGGCCACACUAUGCUGGGUUACUACUUCCCGUUCAGCUGGGAGAUGCGCUUCACGGAGAACCACUGGGAGUGGCUCUUCCAAGGCCUGUGGGGAACGUCUCUGUGGGUGCUCACCGCUUACCUGCUCUACAGAAAGAAAUUCUUCCUCAAAAUAUAAACCGGGCUGAAAAAAGGCUCAAUUUUUAAUUUUUUAGCUAAACAAACACUAUUCAUGUAAAAUUAUAUUGAUUUUUAAAACAUCAGAAUAAAAAAAAAUGUGCUUGUUGUUUGUUUACUCUGUUUAAUAUACGGCGUGCUGAGGUGCAUUUGAAUGAACUGUACUGUACUGUGCCAUCUGAACGUGCUUCAAGUUUGAUCAAAUACAGCACAGCUAACAAGUAUGACAUUGUUCCUCCAUGAAACCCAUUGAAACAGUGCCCAGCCUCUGAAGAAGAUCUCUGCUUCAUUGUCCGUGUGGGCAGCUGAGGAUUUAUUUGACGCCACUUGUUUUGUGCACUGAAUAGACUGAUUAAAUCAAAUACACUGAGGUACUACUUAA